AUGCUGCUCUUCGCCUUCGUUACCUACUACACGGCCACGCUGCUCGCCGAGUGCUACCGCACGGGCGACCCGGAGACGGGGAAGCGCAACUACACCUACAUGGACGCCGUGCGCUCCAACCUCGGCGGCGCGAAAGUCGCAUUCUGCGGAGUGAUCCAGUACGCCAACCUCGUCGGCGUCGCCAUCGGGUACACCAUCGCGUCGUCCAUCAGCAUGAAGGCCAUCAGGAGGGCUGGAUGCUUCCACACCCACGAGCAUGCUGAACCGUGUAGCAGCUCCAGCAUCCCGUACAUGAUCGUCUUUGGCGCCGUGCAGAUCGUCUUCUCGCAGAUACCGGACUUCGAUCAGAUUUCGUGGCUCUCCAUCGUCGCUGCCGUCAUGUCCUUCACCUAUUCUUCCGUCGGACUCUCCCUCGGCAUCGCACAGACCAUCUCUAAUGGUGGGUUCAAGGAAGCCUGA